GCAGAUUCGCCACGCCCGCGCUCCGUCCCCGCUUCUUUACCUCUUAACUCAUUCUUCCCUUUCUCCUUUCCCCCUGGCUGUAUCCGCGCGGGUAGGGAGGAGAGGAAAGCCCCUUUCCGGCCGAGGCUUGCGUUAUCCCCGCCCCGUGUCGAAUCGGCGGCGCCGCGGGAAGGCCGCGCCUGGUUUACGCGCCCGGCGAGAGACGUGGAGCUGCGGGAGGGACGAGGCGCGGCGGCUCGAGAUGGGGGGCUUUUUCUCUACCAUCUUUUCCAGUUUGUUUGGAACUCGAGAGAUGAGGAUUCUCAUCCUGGGACUGGAUGGAGCAGGAAAAACAACCAUUCUCUACAGGCUGCAAGUUGGAGAAGUUGUUACCACCAUUCCAACCAUUGGAUUCAAUGUUGAGACAGUGACAUACAAGAAUCUGAAAUUUCAAGUGUGGGACUUGGGAGGACAGACGAGCAUAAGGCCAUAUUGGCGGUGUUACUAUUCAAAUACAGACGCAGUCAUUUAUGUAGUGGACAGCUGUGAUCGAGAUAGAAUUGGCACUUCAAAAUCAGAGCUUGUUGCUAUGUUAGAGGAAGAAGAGUUGAAGAAAGCCAUUUUGGUGGUGUUUGCAAAUAAGCAGGACAUGGAACAGGCCAUGACUCCCACAGAAAUGGCAAAUGCACUUGGCUUACCUGCUUUGAAGGACCGAAAGUGGCAGAUAUUCAAAACCUCUGCAACUAAAGGCACUGGGCUUGAUGAAGCAAUGGAGUGGUUGGUGGAGGCCUUGAAGAGCAGGCAGUGAUACAAAACUGACAGCUGUAAAGAAGUUGCGGACUCAUCCAACAUCCCUCCUUCUGCAGUCAAGUACUUACUUUCAGGCCACAAAUACUUGUAAAUAAGACAGAUUUGAGUUUGACUCCUGUAAUGUGGAUGCCUCUCUUGAACUGUAAAACUGAAGCAAGUGAAUGUCUAUGUACUUUAUAAUAUUCCAUUUCUUUGUUUAAGGAUGUACUUACAUUAAUUUGUAUGGAAGUCUUACUGCUGGAAAAGGUUUUUUUUGUUGUCCUUCCCCCCCAUCGCUUUGGUGGUUUCAAGUUUGAGUGGC